AUGGUGAGCGCGCGGCCUCUCGGGGGCAUCUGGAUGGAGGUUCUGGGGAUGACUCUGCUGGUUCUGACAUCCCAGGUGGCUGCAGACAGAUGCCCUCCAAAGCACUUCAAGGAACAGUUAAAGUUUGAGUGUUACUUCGUGAACGGGACGGAGCACGUGCAGUAUGUGCUGAGAUACAUCUACAAUCGGGAGGAGUACGCGCGCUUCGACAGCAACGUGGGGGUGUUCGAGGCAGUGACAGAGCUGGGGCGGCCUGAUGCUGACUUUAAGAAGCAUGAGCUGGAGCAGAGAAGGGCCAGGGUGGACAAUUACUGCAGGCACCACUAGGAGAGCUUUGAGCCCUUCUCAGUGCGCAGGCGCGUGGAGCCGGAGGUGACGGUGUAUCCAUCCAAGACGGCUCCUUUGGGCCACCACAACCUGCUGGUCUGCUCUGUCAGCGGCUUCUACCCCGGGGACGUGGAGGUCAAGUGGUUGGUGAAUGGGCAGCAGCAGAGGGCUGGGGUCGUGUCCACAGGCCUGAUCCGCAAUGGAGACUGGACCUUCCAGACCCUGGUGAUGCUGGAGAUGACCCCCAAGCGGGGAGACGUCUACACCUGCCGCGUGGAGCACUCCAGCCUGCAGAAACCUGUCCUCGUGGCCUGGAAAACCCAAUCUGAACCUUCCCAGAGUAAGAUGCUGAGUGGUGUUGGGGGCUUCGUGCUGGGUUUCAUCUUCUUUGGGGUUGGCCUUGUUGUCUACAUGAGGAAUCAGAAAGGUGAGACCCUCCUGGGGGAUCCCUGA